AUGACAACGGUAACCAUCCCGGGUUCUCUCGUCAAUAAGCGGAAAAAGCAUUUUCUGGGCAUGCCUGCACCAGCGGGUUACGUUGCUGGUGUUGGCCGUGGUGCAACUGGUUUCACCACACGUUCAGAUAUCGGACCGGCCCGUGACAGUACCGACUUACCAGAAUUACCACCAGCUGGUCCGACAAAAAAGGCCCGUGAAGAUGACGAUGAUAAGAAGGAUGACAAUGAAGAUCUGAAUGAUUCCAACUAUGAUGAGUUCGAAGGUUAUGGUGGAAGCUUGUUCUCGAAAGAUCCUUAUGAUAAAGAUGACGAAGAAGCGGAUGAAAUUUACAGUGCAGUUGAUUCUCGGAUUGAUGAACGUCGGAAAGAAUAUAGAGAGAAGAAGUAUAAAGAAGCAAUCGAAAAAUAUCGUAAGGAACGGCCCAAAAUUCAGCAAGAGUUUUCUGAUUUGAAACGUCAAUUGUCUAACGUGACGGAAGCGGAAUGGUCUGCAAUUCCAGAAGUUGGUGAUAUUAGAAACAAAGCUAAACGUAAUCCACGAGCAGAAAAGAUUACUCCGGUGCCAGAUUCGAUAAUCGCAUCUGCGAUGUCAUAUGGUCAGAUGAGUACCCAAAUGGACAGUCGUAUUCAGUCAGGUCUGCUAACACCAAUGGGUUCCGGAAUUACCUCAACGUUUAGUGGAAUGAUUUCUACCUACGGCAAUCUUGACUUACGAAAAAUUGGCCAGGCUAGAAAUGCAAUCAUGGAUAUUAAACUAAAUCAGGUUUCGGAUUCCGUUACGGGACAAACAGUAGUGGAUCCAAAAGGUUACUUAACAGAUUUACAGUCAAUGAUACCGCAAUAUGGUGGUGAUAUUAAUGAUAUCAAGAAAGCUCGUUUGCUCUUGAAGUCAGUUCGAGAAACCAAUCCACGCCAUCCACCAGCAUGGAUUGCUUCGGCGCGCCUGGAAGAAGUGGUUGGAAAAUUACAGGUAGCUCGUAAUUUAAUCAUAGAAGGCUGUGAUCGAAAUCCAAAGAGCGAAGAUUUGUGGCUGGAAUCAGUUCGUUUGCACCCUCCGGAUACGGCGAAAGCUAUUGUGGCUGCUGCUGUACGUUCAUUACCAAAUUCGGUUCGUAUAUGGAUGAAAGCAGCUGAACUUGAAGAAGACUUAAAAGCAAAAAAGAAGGUGUUUCGCAAGGCUUUGGAACAAAUUCCAACUUCAGUACGUUUAUGGAAAGCGGCGGUGGAACUGGAAGAACCAGAAGAUGCUAGAAUUUUACUCACAAGGGCUGUGGAAUGCUGCAGCACUUCAACGGAGCUAUGGCUAGCACUAGCACGUCUAGAAACGUAUGAAAAUGCACGCCGUGUUUUAAACAGAGCUCGUGAGCAUAUCCCUACUGAGCGACAGAUUUGGAUUAGCGCUGCGAGGUUGGAAGAAACUCGAGGACAAAGUGAUAUGGUUGAUAGGAUUAUCGAAAGGGCUAUAACUUCCUUGAAGGCGAAUAUGGUUGAAAUCAAUCGUGAACAUUGGCUGAAAGAUGCCGUUGAUGCCGAAAAGGCUAACUGCAAACUCACUUCGCAAGCUAUAAUUUCGCAUGUGCUCGGAAUUGGCGUUGAGGAAGAAGACCGGAAACAUACAUGGAUGGAAGAUGCAGAAUCGUUUGUUGCUCAAGAAGCGUAUGAAUGUGCCCGCGCCGUAUAUGCUCAUGCCUUACUUGUUUUUCCAACCAAGAAAGGUAUCUGGUUUGCUGCAGCACACUUUGAACGAAAUCAUGGUACAACGGAAAGUUAUGAUCAGUUGCUGCAGAAAGCGGUGGAGAAGUGUCCAAAAGCAGAAACAUUGUGGUUGAUGUAUGCGAAAAGUAAAUGGUUGACAGGUGAUGUAAAAGCCUCUCGUGAAAUUCUUGCAAGAGCUUUUCAGAAUAAUCCAAAUUCAGAAGAAAUUUGGAUGGCUGCUGUAAAAUUAGAAUCCGAAAACAACGAAUUUCAAAGAGCUCGUAAAUUGUUGGAAAAAGCUCGAGAAAUCGCUCCUUCCCCACGCAUUUAUCUUAAAUCUGUUAGAUUAGAAUGGUGUUUGAAAGAUUUAAUUGCUGCCAAGAAGCUUUUAAUGGAAGCAUUAGAACAAUUUCCAGAAACGCCGAAGUUAUAUCUUAUGAUGGGUCAAAUACUUCAGCAGGAAAAGAAUUAUAGUGAAGCGCGCCGGUAUUUUUCCAACGGUGUCAAACAUUGUCCUACCUUUAUACCACUUUGGAUCUGGUUGAGUCGUCUGGAGGAAUCACAAAAUCAGACAAUAAAAGCUAGGUCUGAUCUGGAAAAAGCUCGUUUACGUAACCCGAAAAAUUCAGAACUCUGGCUAGAAGCAAUACGAAUUGAAGCCCGAGCUGGUUUGAAAGAACUUGCACAUGAAAGGUUGGCUCGAGCCUUACAAGAAUGUGAACAUUCAGGACGUUUGUGGGCAGAAGCAAUUUUUAUGGAAGAGCGCCAUGGUCGACGUACAAAAUCAGUUGAUGCUCUGAAGAAAUGUGAACACAGUGCUGACGUUUUAUUAGCUGUAGCGAAAUUGUUUUGGACAGAACGGAAAAUCAGGAAAGCACGUGAAUGGUUCCAGCGAACUGUCAAAAUUGAUCCUGAUUUUGGAGAUGCUUGGGCAUUCUUUUAUAAAUUCGAACUGUUGCAUGGUUCACAAGAAGAACAAGAUUUGGUAAAGAAAAAAUGUUUGCAAGCUGAGCCGCGUCACGGUGAACUGUGGCAAGAAGUGUCAAAGGAUGUGGAAAAUUGGCGUAAGCGAACGGACGAAAUUUUGGCUGAACUUGCUGAAAAAUUGGAAAUGCCGAGAUAG